AUGCGGGACAAUGUGUGGGAAUGGCUAUUAAGGGUGUGGAUUAAUGGUGCAAGGAACACAAAGUUGGGUCAGUCUGAGUUUAUUUAUGUGGGCCCACUGACUAAGUGCAUUUACCUGUUGUGUCACCUGGGGACACCAAACAAGGCAAAUGAGGGUACAAUUGAUUGCAAAACACAUGAUCUUAUCUCCCCACUGGCUGCUCUGAAAAACCAUCUUUGCAUUGUUCCCGGGUGGGUCCGGCUCUCUGCUCCCCGGCUCUCUGCUCCCAGUAGCCACCUCCGCCGCGCUCCUUCUUCUCCGCCGCUGUGGACUCCUCCGGCACCUCUCUCGCCAGAGUCCGCGAACUCUCGCACUCUUUGUCAUCCUCUGUAUCGGAUCACCAGCGUACCCCAUCAUGUCAGACGCGGCUGGGCUGUGGACACCAGCUCCAAGAUCACCACCAAGGAUUUAAAGGAGAAGAAGGAGGUUGUGAAGGAAACAGAAAAUGGAAGAGACGCACCCGCUAAUGGGAACGCUAACGAGGAAAAUGGGGAACAGGAGGCUGACAAUGAGGUAGACGAGGAAGAGGAAGAAGGUGGGGAGGAGGAGGAGGAAGAGGAAGAAGGUGAUGGUGAGGAAGAAGAUGGAGAUGAAGAUGAGGAGGCCGAGGCAGCUACAGGCAAACGGGCAGCUGAAGAUGAUGAGGAUGAUGAUGUUGACACCAAGAAGCAGAAGACCGAUGAGGAUGACUAG